AUGCCCGAUGCCGAGAACCCUGCACCGAAAGAGAGCGAGCCUAUGGAACAUGCCACGCAGCCAACAAACCUUACAACGGAUGAUUAUCACAAACAUGCCGAUGCCUACUUGAACGAGCUUGUCGAGAAGCUUGAAGAAUCCCAAGAGACUAGCUCGGAAAUUGACGUGGAGUAUUCAGCCGGCGUCCUCACUGUCGAAAUAGUGGGUAGAGGCUCCUAUGUACUCAACAAGCAACCACCGAACAAACAGAUUUGGCUCAGUUCGCCGAUCUCUGGGCCCAAACGAUUCGAUUGGGUUACGCUGGGCGAAUCUAUGGAGCACAAGGAAGGUUCUGGGACAGGAGACUGGGUAUGUUUGAGAGACGGCAGCAGUCUUACGGACAUCAUUCAGAAGGAACUUGGGGUCCAGGUAGGAGCUGCAGAAACCGUCUACGGAGAGCAGUGA